CAAAUCACUGUCCCUCUCUCUCUCUCUCUCUCUCUAGGUUUUCAAAUUCCUUUAGCUACUAGAGAGAGAGUUUUCAGCUGAUUCAAAAAAGUAGAUUCAGAUCCUCUACUUUCGAACCAGAUCAUAACUCGGAUCCGAUUCCCCUCAAAAACUCGCGGAUUUUUCAACCAGAGAUCCGUAAUUUUUUGAAUAAUUUUCCAUUUUUAUUUCAAGGGAAACUUCUCUCUCUCUAUAUAUAUCUUUUAAGCUCUUUAUUAUGUUUUGAUUUGUCAGCUUUAUGAGCCUAGUAGAUUAAAAGGGAACAUCUGGUAUCGUUUGGCAAUAUUUUUAAUCGUUGAGAGAAAUGCUGAUUCAAGCAAUAAAUGAACAAUUCACGUUGAAAAAAGAAAAAAAAAUUCCUUCACUUGCACCGGAUACAACAUAGCUAUUUAUUUGGGUUAGAGAUCUGGCAUUGAAGGCCAGACUGCUCUAUUUAGAUGAUAUGCAACGCCAGCAUAAGGAGUGUGAUUGCUCAAGGAGGAAUAUUAUCCAAAACAAGGUCGCAGUUGAGCAAUAUCAGGAGUUUACAUGCAGGUCUCCACCUAAGUUAUACGUUAAAACCUGAGUUGUCAAUGAAUCUAAGUAUGAUGGUCGAUUCGGACUCAACGGCAAAACGGGGACCUGUUGUUGAUGUGUUCCCAGAGAGAGAUGAUGAUGGUGGAUAUGUUAGUGGAGGUUGGAAAAGUGAAGAUGGCAAACUGAGUUGUGGAUAUUCAAGUUUCAGGGGAAAGAGAGCCACGAUGGAGGAUUUCUAUGAUAUUAAAAAUACAAAGAUUCAUGGUCAAAGAGUCUCCAUGUUUGCAAUCUUUGAUGGUCAUGGUGGUUCCCGUGCUGCUGAGUAUUUGAAGGAGCACCUGUUCGAUAAUCUGAUAAAGCAUCCACAAUUCAUGGAAAAUACAAAACUGGCUAUAAGUGAAACAUAUCAACAAACUGAUGUGGACUUCUUGGACUCUGAAAAGGAUACCUACCGUGAUGAUGGAUCUACUGCUUCAACAGCUGUAUUAGUUGGUAACCAUUUAUAUGUUGCCAAUGUUGGAGAUUCACGAACUGUGAUAUCAAAAGCUGGGAAAGCAAUUCCUCUCUCUGAAGAUCAUAAACCAAACAGAAGUGAUGAAAGGAAGAGAAUUGAAAGUGCUGGGGGAGUUGUAAUGUGGGCAGGCACCUGGAGGGUAGGAGGUGUAUUAGCUAUGUCACGUGCUUUUGGUAACCGCAUGUUGAAGCAAUUUGUUGUAGCAGAACCUGAGAUACAGGAUCUGAAAAUAGAUGAAGAAUUUGAAUUGCUUGUGCUUGCAAGUGAUGGACUUUGGGAUGUUGUACCCAACGCGGAUGCCGUUUCAAUUGCUAGAACAGAAGAAGAACCUGAGGCAGCAGCCAGAAAAUUAACAGAGGCUGCUUUUACGCGUGGCAGUGCAGACAACAUAACAUGCAUUGCGGUGAGAUUCCAUCACGACAAAGCAGAUCCAGCCAAUGCCCAGAGCAAUUAGAAACUGGUAUAUAUGGUGCAUGUGUAGAUUUAUUGGUGCUUAGGCAAAAUCUAAUUUUGCAAUCUGGGCAUGCAUGACAACUGAAUGUGCAUAUGGAGGAGUUCAUUUGUUUAUUCAUUGUUUUGUUUCUUAAUAUACUCAUGUAUGCAGAACAUGGACUCAAGUGUCCUGUUUUAUUCCAAACUCGUUCAUACAUCUGUAUGUCUACCUUACUGGUUUUAAAUUUCAUGUAAUAAAAGGUGUUUAGUGUCGUCUUUCCUUC